AUGAUUGAUGACGAGUUGUCUGCCUUGGUGGUGGAUAAUGGAUCAGGGAUGUGCAAGGCAGGCUUUGGGGGUGACGAUGCCCCCCGGGCUGUGUUCCCCUCCAUGGUAGGGCGUCCCCGGCACCAGGGGGUUAUGGUAGGCAUGGGCCAGAAGGACUGCUAUGUGGGAGAUGAGGCCCAGAGCAAGAGAGGCAUCCUGACUCUGAAGUAUCCUAUUGAGCAUGGAGUAGUCACCAACUGGGACGAUAUGGAAAAGAUCUGGUACCACACCUUCUACAAUGAGCUCCGCGUGGCUCCAGAUGAGCAUCCCAUUCUUCUCACUGAGGCACCCCUCAACCCCAAGAUCAACCGGGAAAAGAUGACUCAGAUCAUGUUCGAGGCCUUCAACACACCUGCCAUGUAUGUGGCUAUCCAAGCCGUGCUGUCCCUCUAUGCCUCRGGACGGACCACAGGUAUCGUGAUGGAUUCUGGGGACGGGGUGACUCACACUGUGCCCAUCUAUGAAGGUUAUGCCCUUCCCCAUGCCAUUCUACGCCUGGAUCUGGCAGGUAGAGACCUGACUGAUUUCCUCAUGAAGAUCCUGACAGAAAGAGGCUAUAACUUCACCACGACAGCCGAGCGGGAGAUUGUGCGGGAUGUCAAAGAGAAGCUGUGCUAUGUGGCCCUGGACUUUGAGCAGGAGAUGGUCAGUGCAGCUGCAUCUUCUUCGCUUGAAAGAAGCUAUGAGCUUCCUGAUGGGCAGGUGAUCACCAUUGGGAAUGAACGCUUUCGGUGCCCUGAAGCCAUUUUCCAGCCUUCCUUUCUGGGCAUUGAGUCCAGUGGGAUCCAUGAAACAACCUUCAACUCUAUCAUGAAAUGUGAUGUGGACAUCCGUAAGGAUCUCUAUGCCAACACUGUGCUGUCUGGUGGCUCCACCAUUUAUCCAGGCAUCACUGACAGGAUGCAGAAUCACAGCCUGGCACCCAGCACCAUGAAAAUCAAGAUCAUAGCUCCCCCAGAACGGAAGUAUUCUGUUUGGAUUGGGGGCUCCAUCCUGGCCAGCCUGUCCACAUUCCAGCAGAUGUGGAUCAGUAAGCAAGAAUAUGAUGAAGCUGGUCCUCCUAUUGUCCAUAGGAAAUGCUUCUGA